UUUCAAAACCCUAACCCCCUUCACCGAAUACGCAGCGAGACGCAAGUAUUUAUAAACGAAGCAGCCGUAACCUUAUUCACUUCUCUCUUUGCUCCAAAACCCUAAAAUCCAUCAGACGUAGGGUUUUGCAGAGCCUCCAUAACAUCUCCCUUUUUUCGUCCUCCUACUUCGCCGAUUACUCUCUCUUCUCCUCCAACAAUGGCCAAGACUAGCAAGAAAUCAGCUUCCAAGGUUGAGACUGCUCCACCUGUCAAAAAGGGAAAGAGGCAGGCAGAUGAGGAACUUGAGAAGAAAGUUAGUUUAAAGAAACAGAAGAUAGAAGAGGCUGCUCAGAAGCAAAAGAAGGAAGUGAAGGUGCAGAAGAAAAAGGAGGAAAGUAGUUCAGAUGAUUCUUCUUCAGAUUCUGAAGAUGAGAAACCUGCUACCAAAGUUGCUGUUGCUUCAAAGAAGCAGCCUGCUAAGAACGGCACUUUAAGCUCCCCUGCAAAGAAAGCCAAGCCAGCUAGUAGUUCUAGCUCUGAUGAUUCUGCUUCAGAGUCUGAAGAUGAGAAACCUGCAGCAAAGGCUCCUCCAAAAAGUCAGGCUGCAAAAAAUGUUGCUCCAGCAAAGAAAGUCAAGCCAGCUUCCUCUUCAAGUUCUGAAUCCUCAGAUGAUGACUCUGAUGACGACGAAGUGCCCAAAUCCAAGGUGCUGCCUGCUGUGGUUAAGAAUGGAUCUGCUUCUGCAAAGAAACCAAGUGAAAGCUCCGAGUCUGAGGACAGCAGCUCUGGGGAGGAAAAUAAAGCAAAAUCAAGCAAAAAGGUGCCUGCUAAGAAGGUUGAAUCAGAGUCAUCCUCUGAUAGUAGCUCUGAUGAAGAAGAUGAGAAAAAACCAGUAGCCAAAUCAUCUGCAGUUCCAAGUAAGAAAGUUGAGACAACUGAAACUUCAGAUGAUGAUUCAAGUGAAAGCUCUGAUGAUGAAGAAAAUGGUGCAAAACCUACUGCAAAUGCGGCUUCCAAGCCUUCUGCUAUAGCUAAGAAGAACGAUGACAGUGACAGUUCAGAUUCUGAUGAUAGCAGCUCCGAAGAUGAGAAGAAAACUGCUCCCAAGACUGUUUCCAAUGCCAAGUCAGUACCCGUGCCAAAGCCUGCCAAGAAGUCUAGUAAUUCUAGUGAGAGUGAGUCGGAUGAGGAAGAGGACUCAUCUGAUAGUGAAUCUGAAGAUGAAAAGAAAACUGCUAAAAGCUCCGGUCAGGGAAAAAUGGAUGUUGAUGAAGAAGAGAGCUCUGAUGAAAGUGAUGACGAGCCAAAAAAGAAGCCUGUGAAAGUUUCAAAAGAAAGCAGUGAUAGUUCAGAUGACAGUGAUGAGGAAGAAGAGAAACCUUCUAAAACUCCUCAGAAAAGUGCCAAGGAUGUGGAGAUGGUUGAUGCUGACUCAGCAAAGAAAGUUCCUAAAACCCCUUCUACACCUAGUGCUGCAACAGGUGGUACAAAGACACUAUUUGUUGGAAACCUGUCAUUUAAUGUGCAACGAUCUGACGUUGAGGAGUUUUUCAAAGAUUGUGGAGAAGUUGUUGAUGUUCGUUUUUCUGUUGACGAUACUGGGAGGUUUAAAGGCUUUGGACAUGUUGAGUUUGCUACUGCAGAGGCAGCACAAAGUGCUCUUGAAUUGAAUGAGCAUGAGUUGUUGAAUCGUCCUGUUAGGCUUGAUUUAGCUCGUGAAAGAGGUGCAUAUACCCCUGGUGGCAGCAAUUCCUUCCAGAAAGGUGGUCAGCGUCAAUCUGGUCAAACUAUAUACAUAAGGGGUUUUGAUAAAUCUCUUGGAGAAGAAGAGAUAAGAGCUAGCCUAAAUGAGCAUUUUGGUUCGUGCGGGGAGAUCUCGAGGGUGUCAAUCCCAAAAGAUUUUGAGUCUGGAUGUCCUAAAGGUUUUGCCUACAUGGACUUCAAGGAUUCUUCUAGCAUGAAGAAAGCUCUAGAACUCAAUGAGACUGAACUUGCUGGUGGUUAUUACCUCUCAGUUGAAGAAGCCAAACCUAGAUCUGAUGGCUUUGGUUCAGGUGGAAGAGGUGGCGGUCGAUUUGGAGGUAGGAGUAAUGAAGGUGGUCGAUUUGGAGGAAGGAGUGGUGGUGGCCGAUUUGGUGGUGGAAGGGGUGGUAGUGAUCGAGGCAGAGGUGGUCGAGGAAGAGGUGGUGGAAGGGGUUUUGGAAAUAAACCGACAUUUGCUGCAGAAGGAAAAAAGACCACAUUUGCCGAUGACGACUAGAGUGGUGGAUUUCGGGGAAGUUUACUAUAUUUAGUUACCAUAAUUUAUAUUCAGCUGUUUUGCCCUUCAAUUUUGUUUUACUAAGAUGAAUUCGUUAAAAUCCAGUGUACCGAAAAAGUCUAAGUGGUGGUCCAGUACCUGUCUGAUUAAAUUUUUGUAUGCUUGCGUUAUCCCUAUUAGUCAUUUAGAGAACUCUUUAUUAUAUAAUUAUAAUAUUUUUAAUGACAAUAUUUCAUGUUGAGGAAAA